AUGCAUGCCAGUGCUCUUGUUGGCCUCUUGGCCCUCGCCGCCGCCGCGACUGCUGCUCCCUACAAAUCUAGUAGCGCUCACUCGAGUUCUUCCAUUGCGAAUCUGAAGUCCCACGUUAAGAAUGUUGUCGUUCUCGUUAUGGAGAACCGCUCUUUGGACAACCUUCUUGGUGGCCAAACCAUUGCCGGUCUGGAUAACCCCAUCCACAAUGGUCCUUUCUGCAACCCUUACAACGUGACCGAUCCCUCCCAGGGACACCACUGCUCAGAGGCCAAGGACUAUGACUCCGUGACUGAUGAUCCUAGCCACGCUGUCACUGGUAACACCAUGGAGUUCUUCAGCCAGUGGACUCCUGACAACGCCGCCAUUGCCGAUGGCAAGUUGGUUCCCAACAACAAGGGUUUCAUCCACGAGCAGAUUCACAACCAUGGUGCUACCGCCAACGAGACUGUCAAGGCUGUGCUGGCCAAGCAAGUCAUGAACUACUACACCGAGGCCCAGACUCCCGUUCUGACCUCGCUGGUUAAGAACUUCCUGACCUUCAACCACUGGCACUCUGAUAUCGCUGGUCCUACCUGCCCUAACCGAUUCGCUGUUGUUGCUGGUACCUCCGCUGGCCACGGUUCCAACGAUGCCACUUUCGGUACCUAUGCCUUCACCCAGCGGUCCAUCUUCCAGCAGUUGAGUGAGACCAAUCACACCUGGCUCAACUACUGGGACACCGCUGGUGGUACCGGUCCUGAGGCCCAAUGGUUCGCCUGGACCAAGGCCACCAGCAACGAGGAUAAGAUUGUUUCCAUGGAGCAGUUCUACACCGAUGCCGCCAACGGCGCUCUGCCCGAGUUUUCUUACCUGAACCCCUCCUGCUGCGGUGUUGGUACCACCUCCAUGCACGACAGCGGUCUGAUUUCCGAUGGCGAGGCUUUCAUCAAGAAGGUCUACGAAUCUCUCCGUGCCGGCCCCCAGUGGGAGGAGACUCUCUUCGUCCUCACCUUCGACGAGAGCGGUGGUUUCCACGACCACGUUCCUCCCCCCCUGGCCACUCGCCCGGACAACCUGACCUACACCGAGAAGGCUGCCAACGGCGAAGAGUACACUCUUGAAUUCAACCGUCUGGGUGGUCGUAUCCCCACUCUCCUCAUCUCUCCCUGGGUCAACAAGGGCUACGUUGAGCAAAAGGGUACCAACUACCAUGGCCAGACCCAGUCCUAUUCGGCUAGUUCUCUGCUCCGCACUCUUGGUUACCUCUGGAACUUCGAACCUUUCACCCCCCGUGUUGAGGAUGCUGCCUCUUUUGAGCACCUGAUCCAGAGCUCUCCUCGCAAGAAUGCUCCCAAGACGCUCCCUAUCCCCCACGCCUUCUCCCGCUAG